AUGGGUAGGGUGAAGUUGGAAAUAAAAAAAAUUGAGAACAAUACAAAUAGGCAAGUGACGUUUUCGAAGCGACGCAAUGGCCUCAUCAAGAAGGCUUACGAGCUCUCCGUUCUCUGUGAUAUAGAUACCGCGCUCAUCAUGUUCUCUCCUUCUGGCAGGCUCAGCUCCUUCUCCGGUCGCCGGAGGAUUGAAGAUGUUAUUGAGAAGUGUAUUAAUGUGCGAGAGCAUGACAAUGGAGGAAGGGUUAAGCUGGACAAGAUGGACAAAGAUUACUUGAUGAGGACUCUUAUCAAACUCAAAUAUGAGGAUGACCUGGCUGCCCACCAAGCCAAAUUUUUGGAGCCCAAUCCUGCAUCUCUGGACUCUUCGAUAUCUUUGAGCGAGCUCGAAUCAUAUGAGAAAUUUUUUAUAGAAUCUCUGGCAAAUGUUUCUGAGAAAAAGGAAUUACGAGAUGUGCGAGUCGAUGUCAACUCAAAUGGACCAACAAGUGGGAGUCGACACGUGGCAACAAGGCUAUGUAUCUACGGAGCACUUAUCAGCAUUGAUCCCUCCUGCGCCGUCAAUAACCCAGGAAUGCCAGAGCUGCCAUCAGUUGAGCUACAAGUCGAGAAUGACAGAUGUGAUGGCGAGAAUGCGAAUGUGGGACGAUCUUUGGCCGUUUGA